AUGACCACUGAUAGUAAGACAUGUUCAUCACAUUUAGUUGUCUUAGAACUGAUAGCAAAUUCCAUAGUUUUCUUUAACUUGACGUUAAACCCGUUUCUUUACCGCUGGAGGAUUAGUGAAGUAAGUGGAGAAUUUUGAUACCUUGAGGGGAGGGUAUAGAUGAAUUUUGAAGGGAGAAAAAGAUAAGAGGCUUUGAGAGAUAAUAGACAGCAGACAAUGAUAAAGAGGGUAUUAAUUUGGUGAAGUGGUAUUUCGUACCUGUCGAGUAAUAGUCUCCGUUUUCAAUUUUAGUCUGAUAUGAGCCGCAAAGAAAAAAAACCUCGAGGGAUUCUCAUUUACGCCGUCUGCGAUCAAAUGGUUUCCAAUUGAUUAAUGUUUUACCCUGAAUAAUCUGGUUCAGUUUCCUGAAGCUGAUCAUAAUUAUAAAGGUAUUUACAAAUUGAAGCUGAUAUCAACCCCUAUAUUCAUCUGUCUUAUCAACGGCACCUCUCCUCGGUAUGGGGGGCUUUUGAACUAUACUGUGGAAUGAUAAUUAAAGCACAAAUUUUUAUAUUUUCGUCUCUCAAUGCAAAUUCAUUCCAGAUUGAACUUCACCAGUUGGAUAAAUACUUGGUUGCGACGCACAACAUUUUUAGAUGAUUCACACCAUGCCUCAUCGCUUCAUUGUCAAUGAUAAUUCAAAAAUUUUACUCCGGGAAGGGAUCGAUAUUUCUGUCAUCCAUGGUGCUGUAAAACAAAAACGAGGGAGGGGGAUCUUUUAGAGUACUUCGACGGAAUGAUAAGACAGAAUUACUUGUUACAAUGAAAUUUAUAAAGAGUAAACUAUAUUUAACGCAACUCCUGGGAAGAAGUAUUCGCAUAUUAUGUAAGUGACGUUACUAAGGAAGUUUCUGUGUCAAUGUAAUUAAAAAAAAUGUGAUCAGUUAUAUAAUCGUGGCCUGCUGGCAAGUGCGAUCGUAUAAAAAAUAUCUCUUGUUAAAUGCAGUUACAAAUAAGCAUUGGAAAAAAAACAAAACAACUGUUUACUAAGUUACGAAGUGCAGGGGAAUAUUUUCUAGCAUAGAUAUUAUCUGUCGCCUCCAAGAAGUGAAUUUGUCCUGGAUAAAAGUUCAGUUAAAAUCUUCUUUCCACAAAACCAUAUUACUGUUUCUCUUCAAGGUCAAGUUGAUGCUCGAUUGAUUGCUUGAAGUUAAUCUGCGUAAGCCGGAAAAAAAGGAAAAAAUAUAAGCAAAGCAGAAAAUAUUUCAUAUUUACAUGCAUGAUAUGCACUUUUCCAGACAUAUUGCUACAGAAGAAAGUUUUUUUUAUCCCAUAAUGAAAAAUUUUGAUGCCUGCGUCAAAAAUGUCUAUGAGUGUUCUUAACUCUAAUUAAGACCUAUAUUUAUCACAAAAGGUUUGGCAAACACCUUAAUUUCAUAACAUAAUUUCUAAUAAUUUUUUUUCUUUUUUACGUAAAAGAAGACAAUUUGCUGAAAAGAGUUUCCGGUGAAGAAGGUGAUCGUACUCUUUCAAACAAACAGAAAAAAAAAGCGAAAGGUCGCACCAUUUAAGGCUUAAAAUUGCUCAGUUGCUGCUAUCUUUUUCAUUAUUGUUAUCAUUUUUAAUGCAGAAUCAGAAUACAGAAUCUUAUUUGCUGCAAAUUACUGAGAAACCGGGUUUUCUCAUAGAUGAUAAUAAAUGCAAAGCACAACCACACAAUCUGAUAAAAAGUGACAUGUAUCUUCACAAAACAGACACUUUUUAUUCGCAUUUCAAGUAAAAAAAACACUGCUUUUGAAAGCAGUUAAUGUGGAUCUUAGUACCAAAGAAAGCGUCAAAUCUCAAACUCCUUAAUUUUGGCUGUUACUACCUUUUCCGCCAAUUUAAUUCAAGAUUGGACGUGACCAGUUGUGACGCACAGCAAUUUUAGGUAAUAAUAUUGUAUAGUAAAAGCUAUAGUAAGAGCUGCAGACGCCAUCAUGAAUGAUUCAAGAGGAUAUUUCCAUAGAAAGAACCCCUAACGCAAUUUGAUAAAUGUCUCAUCUGGUUUGUCAUCUAGUCAACCCCCGGUGAUAAAUAAAUUGAUGGAAUUUAACCUAUAGAUGUAGAUUCGAGAGAAAAAUUACUAUUUAACGAAACGCAAUUUAAUGAAAAUCUUGAUUCUAUACGUGGCCGAGUGUGUCGUGGUUAACUGUAUCUCCUCAACUUUGACAUGGCACAUUUCACAAUUGAUUCGUGCCUUAGUGUGAAGUUGGUGGAAAUUCCUCUAUUGGACUUCCUCAGUUGCAUGAAAGACGAAGCCUAGUGGUACGAUUAUUGAAUCAUUGCAUCCCCGCAAGUAACUAAAGAGUAAGUUCCUACACAGUAAUGAAGACAUCAUGUAGAAAUUGGUAACAGAGUUGUCAUUUUGCUGCCGUUUUACAUGAACAAGAAGAUUUAAAAAGAAAUUUCCGGGGCGACUUUCUGCAAUAAAAAUUUCUAUCGGUGGUAACGAUCGCGCUUUUGUAUAAUGGUUAUCCCUUUUACACCUUAAUAUCAGCAUUCAGAUUCUCCAUAUUGUUCUCUGUACAUUUACUAUGGUGCUGACAAGGAGAAUUUGUGUAACAAUCAAGAGUUCCUUUAGUUGGUAAUCAUUUCCUAUAUUCUCAUGACAUUAAUGUGUGAUUCAGGGCUGAGAUUGUAAGGAGAAACAAGAUGCUAAUCACUCUCAGGGCCUAAAGGCUUAAUAGUAUCAUGGAGUCAACUGAACAUCUUUAGAGCUAUUAACCCUCAAACUCUCAGGAGUGAUGAACAUGUACCUUCUCCCUAUAGUAUUCAUACAAUAUCCAGCAAACAGGAAAUGAGAAUACUCAAACUUAUCAGGUACAAGAUAUUAUCUUGAUCAAACACUAAAUUCUCGCAGCCAAUUUAAAGGGAAAAGUGAAGCAGCAAGUGAGGAGAAAUAACAAUCAGAUAUUAGGAGUUAAAUGGUGAACAGAAAUUUCUAAUUUCCAAAGAAUCGUUCCCUUUGGUUCGUAAUAAAAAACUUUAAAAAAAUCAAAUUAGGUGAGUAAUUGCUUUAGGAAGUUUUUUUAAGGCAACUUUUCAACCAAAGUACCUUUGAGUAUCGAUGGCCCGGGAUGUGCUAUUAAGAAAACAUAUGUCUUCCGGCAAUUAAAAACCGAAAAAUGGAGGCAGACGUCCAUUAAGCUUGAUUGCCGGAUGAACGCGACCGGAAAUUUGAUAAGAGGUGAAACGAAACAAAGAUUUUAAAAGCAAUCAUGUUCCCCUUCUUUGGUUGGUGGAUUACGAAAGUAAUUAAUUUAUUUUUUAGUCGCUCAACAUUCUACUCUUCCACACAGCUUUUCUUUUCCUUCCCAAGUCCUAAGUCCCGUUCACAAGGAAUCUUCCCUUUAUCUGCCGUCAAAACUUUAGUUGGCACCUUAGAACAGAGGAUACCUGGAAUCGUGGAUCAUAAUUCCUUGUUCUUUAAUGUACCACAGCCUCGUUGUUGAACUGAGAAAUGAUGGCGACUGGUAAUUUAACAGAAGGUGAAGCACAGACGAAAACUCUCUUAGAAGAAUUGGGUUUGUCCCCCUAUCUGGUACGUGAGUUCCAUCAACAAUCUUUUUCUUUCUCAGCGGUUCACAUUCUCCUCUCCAUCACUGCAUUUCUUGGGAAUACUCUUAUCCUUGUUGCCCUUCAUAAGGAAUCUUCCCUUCAUCCGCCUUCCAAACUCUUGUAUUGUUGUUUGGCAACAACUGAUCUGUUGGUUGGUCUUGUUAACCAGCCUCUCUAUGCUACCUUUUUGAUCUCCUGCACUCUGGAGUAUUUUCCGAUUCACAUAUGA